UGUCAUCUCGCAGUAGGUCAUCUGAUUUCGAACGCUUUGCAACACUGCCUCAAUCCAGCCGCUUCCUCAAACCUCACAGAUUAACACAUCAAUUUAUUGCCGAGAGAGGCCUCACACAGGGCUCUGUUUACGUCACCAACUGCAAGGCGGAGACAUUUCUCACUAAUACUUCAUUAUAGUUACAUAGUAACUAAUGAAUGAUCACGGUCACGAAGAACAAGAUGUGUCACCGCAGCCAUCUUCUCCCAAUCCAUCCAUGCAUCUUUAUGAACAGACUAGUGAGUCGAAACGAAAUCACAGCGUAUCUACGGUGUCAAGAACCAAGCUUCCUCCUGGGACACCAAUGGAAGAACGACAAGGAGUUGAGAGAUUAAGGCAGAGGAUGAAGUUUGAUGAUUCCGAGUCGCAGCUUGUAGAGGAGGUUCCACUUGCUAUUCAUGUUAGCCCAGACAAUGACGGUGAAGUAGAAGCAUCUAAGGCAACAGCCACUACUGCAUCAUCCACAGAAGUAGAUGGAGACGAUACAACUCAACUUGUUGAUGGUGAACAGGCAACUGUAGAAGGUGAACAGGGAACUGUAGAAGGUGAACAGGAAAGUGUGGAAGAUGCAGCUGAGAGGGAGGCUGUUAUUCAUGUACUGCUAACGAGACUAAAGGAGUCUGAUGAUCUGCUUUGUAAAGCAUGUGCCAUUAGAGAUGGAAUGCAUCAAGUUCAAGAAGGAGGGGGAGACGUUGAUGAAAGUCAGUUGCAGAGGUUGGAUUCCAUGAUUGAACAACUCAGUCAGGAGAGACAGAAAUACAGAAUAUUGCUGGCCAAACAAUUGCCUGAUGAGACAGAGAGGGAAGCUGCACAACAAGAGCAAGAAGCAAGAGAACUUGCAGCUCUUCAGGAACAGAAGGAACUGCUGAUGAAACUGGUUGACCAGCAAAAGAAGUUACGAGCUCUGGAACAGAAACAAGCUGCGUUGCUGUCAUUGCAGCAAACUGCUAGUUCUAGAUUACAGGAAGCAAAUGAGAUGAGGGCAGGGUUAGAAGCUCGAGCUGCUGCAGCUAAGAGAGGUGAUGAUGAAAUGGGUGAAGAUGAUGACAAAGACGAGGAAGAUGAGGAAGAGGACAACAGUGAAGACGAAGACGAAGAGGAAGAAGCCAAAGAAGAGGAAUAUUCAGAUAAGGAAAAUGACAAUACAGACAAUAGUCAAGGCCGGAAGUGGCGGAAGAGACUUCAUGUAUUGGAAAAGAAGCAGGAAUGGAUGGAAAAGUUGUUGCAACGACUGUUUGUGAAGUAUUCAGAUGACAGAGCUUCAAGGGAAGAGGAAGAUUAUGAGAGUUUACAGCAGCAAGACAAGCCACUUACACUCAAUGAAAGACUACAUAGGCUGAAUGAUAUUAGCAGUCAGAUUAUGCAAAUUCGAAGUCUUGUGAAGCAAGUUGAAGUUGUUCAAGAUGAAGCAGAGUCGGCAGCAGUUGCUGCUGGAGCAUUACCUGGUGAAUCAGAUCAUGUUGAAGAAGUUACAGAGGAUCCAGAAGAGCAAGCUCACGUUAGUGAUGAGGAUGUUGAAGCAGAUUUAGCAUCUCUUGACUUCUUACUGACUGCUGAGAUAGAUGAUCCUGAACUGAAAGAGCAAAUCAGGCAAUUACAAGAAAGACGAACCAGAAUUGAAGAGCUACAAAGAGAGCUGGAUAGAUCAAAGGCAGAGGAAGAGCCAAGUGCUAAUGCAGAAUCUGUAGAUAAAGAUGAUUAUGUUGACAUGUCAAGCUGGGAAAGAGAGAGUAUUGAAACAAAGCUAAGAAAACUUGAAGUGGCUAAAAUUAAGCUAUCGAACUUGCAGGAGAUUGCCAAACAAGUUCAUGAACAAACUGUGGAGUUGUCUGUUCAGAGAAGUGACAACAGUGACACUGAUAUUGAAGUGAUCGGUCCAGGAGAGCUAGAGGGCUUGUCAGCAAUGCUCGAGGACUACAUUGGGAGACUUGAAAAGAAGGGGGAAGAUUUUGAUAAGCUAAUCGAAGAACAAAAACAGAUGUUGGCAGUUUUGGAGGGCAGGGAAGUCUGGCAGGAAAAGAAUGAAGCAUCUCAUGCACCUGUGGCGACUACGUCUCAUAAAGGAGAUUUUUCUUCAAGCACUCUUUUGUGGACUGAAUUACAACGGAAACGUCAUCUGGAGAAAGAACUGAAGGAGAAAAAGAGAGAAGUUGCACUUCUGCAAGCUAUGGCAUCAGAGCAGGAUAAGAAAGUUGGCAAGACAGCUUCAUCCCGUGGCUCUGAACAGAGUGCUGAUGUUACGAUGGCUACUUGGGGUGGCUCUACUCAGAUCAGUGCAGAGAGCGUUCAUGAUCAGUCUAGAGAAGCACAAUCUGAUUCUGAAUCUUUUCCUGGUCUGGCUCGUCACCAAGUGAAUGUGGGUCGAUCAAGAAGAGUUCGCCAAUGGCCUGAUGAUCAGCAAUACCUACCUGGGAAGAAGAAGAAACGACUCGUAGAGCACAAAUCACCUGUAUUGAAGGAAGAGCCAAGAGUUUCAGAGUCUGGAGGUACUGGUUUAUUUGGCACAAGUGGAGGUUAUAGUGCUGCUUGGCCAAGCGUAAUCUUCCCUGACAAGGAAACUCCUUCUAAACUACCCAGACCAACAGCGGAUGCUUCAGUCUUACAUUCAGACCAACCUGCAAUGAGUAGACAACAAGAGGAAGAUAUUGAAUGGGAGCAUCGUUGCCAAAAGCUCCACCAGCAGCUACUUCAGAACACAACACUUUGCAACAAUCUUUUGAGAGAACAGCUUGCAUUGUCACAGCUCAUACAAGAUAGUGGGUCCAGACCUCGCUGGUAUGUUCAGGAAUAUAUGCGACGUCUUCAAGAAUCAAGUGUGCUAUUCAAUCAGCAGCAACAGGAAGUCACACGACUUCAACUAGAACUGAGUCAUCUGUACAGUCUGAAACAGAGAGAUGCUGGGGAAGAAACUAGCGGAGUAACUGAAACUGUCAACAUGCCGCCUCCCAUGACUCCAUUGGCUCACCCUUACUCUCCUUUUCAUUUUCCGUGGUUCAACCCUAUGUGUACAUAUAGUCCAUGGGGUAAUCCAUAUGCUGGUCACUACAAUCCCGGGUUUUAUCCAGGGUAUUUACAUCCAGUUGGCAAUGUCAGUGGUCAAUCUCGUGGUCUUCCAGGAGCCUUUCCUUCAACUUUAUCACAAGAACUUCCAAGCACAACACAAACUGUUUAUCCUACUGGUAUGGAAGAUGAAGUGAAGUCAAAUGGAACAUAUACCGUUGAUGUGGCACUAGACAAUGUUACAUUAGGAAAUGAGAAACCAGUUGUAGGUGAUGAUAUUCACAGCUCAACUAGCUCUCUUGAUGUUGGUGUGAACUAUGACGAUGGUCAAACUAAAGCUACAGCUGUAGCUUCCUUGACAGCCAGAAAGUUCAUGAAGUCUAAUGAUGUUGGAAGGUCAUUAGCUAGGAAGGCAAGAAAAGCGGCUCUUAAUGAAGUGAAAGGGAAAUCUAAGGGAAGCUCUAAUGAUGCCAUAGUGAGUGUGAGUAAGAUGGUAGACACACUGUCAUUGUCAUCAGCUCAGUCUAGUGUACCUGGUGAUGGAGGAGUUGAAGAGAGUGACUACUCUUUAUUUGAGGCUUUAAGAGAGUCCAUUUAUGCUGAAGUUGCUGCAUUGAUUUCACAGAAUGAGUCAAGACCACACUUCUUGAUUGAGUUGUUUAGAGAGUUGCAGUUACUGUCAUCAGACUAUCUAAGGCAACGUGCACUCUAUGCUAUCCAGGACCUUGUGACUCGUUAUCUUACAGCUAACUCCGAUCAUCAAUUCUCCACAGUUGAGGCUAACAUUCUUGACUCGUACUUUCAACCAUGGCUGGCAUCUGCUUCUGCAUCUGAACACACCCCAAGUGAGAAUGCUAAUGAGCAAGAUCAAGACGAAGAAGAAGAAGAAGAAGAAGAAGCAGUUGCUGCAGCUGCUGCAAGAGCAAAGAGGUAUCAGGAAAGUGGAGUUCUGGCGCUAGCUCUCAAUGCUUGUUCACCUGAAGUUUAUGACUACCAAGAAAAAGCUGAGAGUGCAAGUUCUCUAACAACUCCUCAGUCACCUGACGAACAUCCUUUUGCUAAAGACACUUUAGGAGAUUCAGUGAUUCGUUACCAACAGCCUUUCCGUCAAUCCAAGCAGGUGAUGUCAAAAUCAACAAAGGGUGGCAUCCCUUCUGGUCUUUCUAUUGACAAUGACAGUGAUGUUGAGAUUCCACAGAUUGAUACACAGUCACUGGACCAUCAAAUCAAGUCAAUUAUAACAGAAGUCAUUCCAGUUCUGAAAGAUCGUAUGGAUGAAGUUUGUACCCCUCAGCUACUGGCUUACAUCCAAGCCCUUGUGCUGACUCUAAUGCAAGACAAAGAAGAGAAGGAGGGAUCUUCACAAUCAUAUGUAAGUCAAUUUGGAACAAGCAUCCAGAAAUCCCUUGCGAAGUUUACUGGACAAAAAAUGAGUGAAUGUGGUGAGGAGUUGUUGGUGGAAUUAAGCGAGGUCUUGUUCAAUGAAAUGGCUUUUCUGAGGUUGAUGCAAGAAAUCAGGCAGAGGCCAAAAUUGGCCAGUGCUGAUGAGAAUGAGAAGGAAGAAUCAGAUUCUAGUCUACCAGAUCUUUCCCAUCCACAGCCGGUGGAGAGAGAGCCAUCACCUGAUGACUUCACAUUUUCAGAUGGUGGUGGAAAGGAAUCAGGUAUGUUACCUCAAUCAGAAGAUCCUACUCCACAUAGACAACUUCAACAGGAGGAAGAAGAUUUAGGCAAGGCUAGAGAUGAUGCCUUGGCUGUUUCUUGUAACUUUCCAUCCAGGCAAGACUCUGCAUCUUCCACCCCUGAGGGACAACCAGUUAUGGAAAGUGAAGUCGGAGUCAUAACUACCAGAGAUGAGACUCACGAGUCGACAGCAACUGUAGAGCCAGUUGAGAUUGUAGAGAUUGCAUUUUCUGACCUUGUUGCCAAUGAUAUUAACACACUCGGAGAAGACAGAGGUCACCAUGAAGGAACAGGAAACGGACACAGUGAUGUUACUGUUAGUGGCCAAGAACCCGUUUCAAUAGUAGGUGACAACAGUGGCGUACUGGAAUCUAGAGAAGAGGUUUCAGUUAGCAGUGAUGCUUCUUCAACUACAACAGUUCUGCACGCUGUUGAACAAACAGCUGAAGAAACUGUAGAGAAAUAUGCUGCUGAGCAAGCAGAACAUGAAGGUAUCAGUGCAGUAAUAAAGGAAGUGGAGUCUCAGCCAGAGCUUGUUGGAGAUGACGACAAACUGCCAGAGCCAACCGCCGAAGAAGAAACUCCGAAUGAAGGAGACUGAGGAUUGUAAGCUGCAGUCUGUGAUCCGAUGAUUGCCUACAACUGUUAUGUUUAUAUUGCUUCUUACCAUACUUUGCCUGCAGUGUUAUAUGAAGCAUUAUAAUAUCUUAAUCUAGAUUGCUGUGCUACCCAUUAUUUUCUUCUAUAUUUGUUGGUGUCAUUUUGAGUGCAAUACAGAAAGAGGAAUUGAAGCCAUUGUUGAUUGAA